GUAUUCUUUUGUCUUGCAGUGAGAGGCAAGCUUAGGAAAGUAAUCUGAUGCUGUUUCCUUAUUAUUUUCCUCUUCCUUAAACUUUCAUAGAACAAUUGAAAUAAAUACAGUAAUCAAAUAAAAAUAUAAGGUUUUUAUUAUGAAUCAAGGAAAAAUGGAAAGUGAACUUGGGUUCUUGGUUUCUGUUGUGAUCAUAUGUGCAGACAUUACAGCUACAGUCCUCGGGAUCGAAGCCGAGAUUGCUCAAAGCAAGGUUCUGUUUUAUAUUAAGAGUGAAAUGUAGUUUAUUUUAUUUUAACUACCAAUAAUCUUUUCUUGUAUUUGAUGUUUAUCCUUCAGGCACCUCAUCAUCAUCAUCAACAACAUUCAAGACAUUCAGGUUCUGGAUGUCGAAGAAGCCCCAGCGAUGGAGCAUUUGCUGAGGGAGUAGCUGCAAUGGUGCUUCUGUUUAUUGUCCAUGUCCUAGCUAAUGUGCUUGGAGGCUGCACUUACAUUCGCUCUAAGCAAGAUUUCAAAAGAGCAACGGCGAACAAGAUACUCGCUGUGGCUUUCCUUGUUCUCUCCUGGAUCUUUUUUGUUGUCAGCUACUCAACGCUAAUGAUAGGAACAUUAGCCAACUCGAGAACGAAUCGACUCUGCAGCUUGCCACAUCGUUGGUUUUUUCUUAUUGGAGGCAUAUUUUGUCUAGGACAUGGAGUGGUGACUUCAGCAUAUUAUGUUUCAGCAAUUGCUGCUAAAAAAGAAGACAAAGAGAAUGCGCAACAAGAAAAUCUAGCAAAUAGAAGCCGCGCAUAACACGUCUUCUUCAUCAAGAUACACAAAAUGUUUCAUCUGUAAAUAAACUUAAAUUGCUUCAAAAAAGCUUCCUUCCAUUUUGAUAAAUCCGCAAUAUUCCAAAAUAAACUCUUUCAAGAAUCAAUAGAAAAC